UUUUUGUUUUGUUUUGGUUUUGGUGACUGUGGCUGUGGCAUUGGCUGUGUCUGUGGCACCCGUACAAAGCCCCAAUAUAAUCGACCAUAUUCGUAGCCAAACGGUGAUUGUAGCUAGCGUCUGUGAGUUGCAGGCGUUGGCGGGUGGGAGGAGGUCGAAGAGUUUUCCGUUGUUGUUGUUGUUGUUGUUGUUGCUGUUGUUAUUGGUGCAACAAUGGACGACAGCAGCAGCGGGCGCACCUCGCUAGCGGACAGUGCCAGCCUGGCAACCGCAUCCCUACAGAGCGGCAGCUCAAGCCAAAACAUCGAGAACGAUGGCCUCAUCCACGUCUACAACUAUCGCAAGGGCAGCUACGAGAAAUUCUCGCCGACGCUCCACUGCGAGGAAAUAUGCACCACAAUGUGCCGCCACAUGGAUAUAUUGCCCACGGCAGUGCUGCUGUUCGGCAUCCGUGAGCACAGCAACAACAAUAACAAUGAUCCAACGCCCGCCGACAAAGUGAAGCACAAGUGGCAGCUGCCGGGCGAGCUGCUCAACUGCAAUGUGCGCUACUGUUUUCGCAUGCGUUUCCGUGUCCCAGAACUGGACCGACAACUGCCGGUCAUUGAUGUGCACUGCCAUAAGUAUCUGUACCAUCAGAUGCGCUACGAUAUGCUGCACGAGGAGAUCAACGAGAUCCGCUAUCCGGAGCACAAGGACAAGGUGAUGGGCCUGGCCGUCAUGGACAUGCUGAUCGACAAGGAGGAGCAGCAGCUAAUCGCCCAGGAUGUGGAGAAGGCAUACAAAAGCUAUUUACCGCGCAGCCUGUGGCGUGCGCAUCGCAUCUUUGUGCGCUCCAAAAUCCGCAGCACGUUCCGUCGGCUGAGCAGCGAUCCGCCGAAUGUGGACAGCCUCAAGUGGCAUUAUGUCCAUCAAAUUUGCCAUCUGGCGCCCACCUAUCUGACCGAACAGUUUAAGGCGACGGUCGAGUAUUUUCCCAACGAAUCGACAACGGAGCCGCCGACGCACGACAACGGCAGCUCAACGCACACAUCGACAACAACGCUAAUGACCGGCUCCAAUACGACGCUCUCGGCCACAAGUACCGGAGCCGGGCCGGGGUCCAAUCAGCGCAGCAACGACAGCGGCAGCGACACGCACACCUUGCGCGGCCGUCACCAUCUGUUUCAGCCGAGUCGCCAUAGAUCGUCCCAUCAGCAGCUGCCCAACUCGAUACCCGUGUACGUGAGACUCUGGCAUCAUGACUCGCCGGAGCCGGGCCUCAAGGUGGCGCGCGUCACAUCCGAGGCCACGCUGAAGUGGAGUCUCGUUGCCGUUGUCGAGGACAUUUUCUCGCUGUACAAGGAGAGCGAACAGCUGGUGCGCCUGGAAAUCGUUGGCUUUCCCAAGGGAUAUCACAUGCGUUUCGAGACGGAGCAUGAAAUGAAGUCGUUCAUAUCAUAUUUGGGCAUUUACAUAAGAUUGACUGUCAAAUGGAUGCAGGACUUGUGUCCAUCGUAUAAGACACCCUCGCUCGAGGAACUGGAUCGUUUGUAUUGCCAUGGGCCCAUCGGCGGCGGCUAUUCGUUUAUGAAACUGCACGAGAACGGGGACAAGUGCGGCAGUUAUAUAGUGCGGCAAUGCGAUCGCGAAUAUAACACAUAUUAUAUUGAUAUCAAUACGAGAAUCGUGGCGAAAAACAGCGAUCACGAACGCUGCCAAACGGAAACGUUCAAGAUAAUACGCAAGGACAAGCAAUGGAAGCUGGCCUACAAGAGCAACGAGCACUACUUCGAUCAGCUAUCAGAGCUGGCGCAAUGCAUACACACCGAUAGUCCGGAUCGUAUACGGAUACCGGCAUCGAAAUAUGAUAAGCCGCCGUUGUUGCUGCUCUGCCUGCCAAAAAAUUUGAAAACCAAAAAGACUGAAGCGGAAUUGAGUGAAGCGGAAUUACAACGACGUAAUCCGCAGAUAUUCAAUCCAAAAACUGACCUACAAUGGUACAGAGACUCGAUUAAUCACAGCGACGAUGACAAGAUGUUCACGAUGCGCGGCGACUGGAUACAGCAGGGCUCGUUCAAGGAUGUGCCCGUAACCAUGAAGAUGUUGAAGUACGAUGCGAACUUUGUCGAAUUCAUGCAGCUGGCGCAAACCUGGAGCCUGAUCCAGUCGCCACAAUUCAUCAAACUGUACGGCCUAACGCUGUCGGUGCCAUAUACCAUGGUCAUGGAGUACUCGAAAUACGGACCGCUGAAUAAGUUUCUGCAAAUGAAUCCGAACAUUAGCAUGUACUGUCUGCUGGAUGUGAUGCACGGUCUGGUGCGCGGCAUGCACUAUCUGGAGGACAAUAAGAUAAUACACAGCUACAUACGCUGCGCCAAUCUGUAUGUUACCAAAUACAACUCCGAGAAGUAUGUACUCGAUGCCAAAAUCAGCGAUCCAGGCUAUCCGCGCCCAUACAAACAAUCCGACUCACCUUGGAUACCGAUCAAGUACUACAACAACUUGGAGGCCGCCAAGCAGGAUUCGAGCACACAGCUGUGGGCAUUUGCGACCACCAUCUAUGAGAUAUUCUCGCGUGGCCAGCUGGCGCUGGAGCAGCUGAAGCAGCGUGAUCUUAUACGCCAUCGAUCCAUUGACGGUGGCAUAUUGGCGCCACUGGAUCCUCGUCUCUGUCCCCCUGAAAUGUACAACACCAUUAUGGAUGGCUGGAGCGAUGAUCCGGACAAACGAUUCAGUCAUCACGACAUCUUCACGCGAUUGAAUACGGUCAAAAAUCGUUUGCAACGCAACUACGAUGUGCCUGACACAGAGAUGGAGUCGUUCGACUACUCGGAUGGCUAUGGCUAUGGCAUGGCCAAUGGCCAACUCCAUUCGGCCGACUCGGACAGCCUGACGCUGUGCAACGGAGCCGUUGGCCUGAGCAGCGAAUUCUUUGCCAAUUCGCACGAUUUGCCGCUGGUCAUACAGCUGUACGACUGCAAGGUCAUCUAUCGCGAGAAGCACAAAAUUGGCCAGGGCCACUACGGCACCGUUUACCGGGGCGAACUCGAAUAUCACGACAAGGAUCGACCCAAGGAGCAGGUGGCCAUCAAGAAGCUCAAAACUGUGCAGGUGACAAAUGAUUUUUUGCGCGAAAUCGACAUCAUGCGCAAGCUCGAUCAUCCCAAUGUGGUCAAGUUCAAAUAUUGGGCCGAAAAGUCGCUGAGCAUCAUCAUGGAGUACUUUGAGUUUGGCUCGUUCAUUGUCUAUUUGAGCUCACGCAAGCCCAGCCUCACCAAUGCCCGCCUCCUAACCUUCGCCCUGGACAUAGCCCACGGCAUGAACUAUUUAUCUGGCAAGGGACUGAUACAUCGUGACCUCGCAGCACGCAACAUUCUAGUCGAUCGUUCAUGUGUGAAAAUCUCCGAUUUUGGCCUGGCGCAGUUCGCCAAUGCCGAUGGCUACUACUACGGCAUCAGUCAGCGGGAUAUACCAAUUAAAUGGUACUCGCCGGAAGCUAUCGAAACCUGCAAAUUUUCAUCGUAUUCCGAUGUGUGGAGCUAUGGUGUGACGCUGUUCGAAAUGUUCUCACGCGGCGAAAUACCAAAUCUGGUGCCGGGUCAAGAUUUGACGCAGGAAGAGUUCCUAAAUAGACUGCGGGCAGGCGAACGUCUACCUAAGCCGGAGCUAUGCUCGGAUUUCGUUUACAAUGAGCUGAUGCGUCCUUGUUGGCAUGAGACGCCCAAAUCGCGUCCAUCAUUUCAGCAAAUUAUACAAAUCAUAACACGCGAAACUGGUGAUAAUGUUGCAGCCGCAGCGGGCAAUCAGCAACAGCAACAGCAGCUACAGCAGCAACAACAACAGCAACAGCAACAUCAGCAACAACAAUUCAACAGAAGUAUAACGUUGGAGAACGAAUGACAUGAAUCAUUGGCAGAAACGGGCGAGCAGAUAACAUAAUG